CGUGACUUUUCAUAAAAAAAAAAUAAGUGUUCUUCUCUCUCUCCCCUUUCCCCCCCUUUUUUUUCCCUUUAAGAACUUUUUUUAAAUUAAGCAGCCAUCAUGCGUUCGAACCAUGACAAACCGUUUGGACAAAAGUUUUUCCUUUCAUCUCGACGACCUUCUUCGAGUUCCAGUAGUAACAGUCUACGAGGCAUCCACAUUAAUAUUAGCUCGGAUCCCUUUCAACACCGUAUUCCACCUUACAUUCAACGACUCUGGCAAGAAAGUAAAUUACGCAGACAUUUAUCCGUUUGGAAACGACGUUGCAUCAAACGAUACGCCGCAUCGGGCUGGCUCGAACUCGUCGUGCUCGCUACCGGUCUCUUUUCCGCAUGCAUCAUUUUACUUGUACACGUUGGAUUCUUUAGUGGGAAAAAAUACCAGGAUUGGCAAAUGGAACAUUACAACGAUCCCAUGGACGAAGUGGACUUAUUAGAUAAAGUUUACCCAGACGAAGGACGAUCUUUGACUACCUCCAUCAUCUUGCUUCAAAACGAACAAGCACUGGAAGAGACUGUGAAACCUAUCUUGAGUGAAUUAUGUCAGUAUGAUAUGUUUGCUCAUUAUAUUGUAUGGAACGAUGAUCCUUCCCUUCAUAUCACCAUUGAUAUGAUUCAUACCACAGGCUGUAACUCGAAUAAAUUACGAGUCAUCAAUGCACCAGCAAAAAUGGGUUCUUCCGCAAGAUAUCAUGCAUGUCGUCUUUCAAAAACUUCCUAUUGUUAUUUCCAAGAUAUCCCCAGAUCAGAUCAAAAGCUUAGAAGUAUAUAUGCCAAUUUCCUAAGAUGGCCUCAUCUCAUUCAUGGCCAAUCAAGCCACCAUGCUGCCUUUCUUGAUUCCCAAUGGCGCUAUUGUUUUGUCAACACAAAUCUCGAUAUACAUACAUGCUACAUGGACAUGGCGUCGGGGACGUUUGUGACCAAGACGGCUGUCUCGAAUUUUAUGGACAACUUUGACAAGACGUCUGUAGUGGACGAAUAUGCUGAUAUGUAUUUCACCAUGUUUAUGAAUCAGAUACCGUAUGCAUUAGAAGGAGGAUCAAGCAGCGACAGUAGUAAGAAGAAGAAGGAACUCGAUGAGCGUGAAUUAGAGCACAUGGAUCUAGGCCUGACGAUUCUGUACAAUGAUCUAGAAGAAGAGGAAGGUGUGGCACCAUUGAAUAGCGAGGUAGAAACAACAACCACGGUAGUUAUGGAUCGUCAUGCCCGAGCAUCAUGUGGUGAUGAUCGAUGCCUCUUUCUCACGAACAAACGUAUUUUACCCAACAUUGAACUCUUUUCGUAUAAUCCUACCAUUGAUGUGAACGUGUCAAGAGAAAUGCACAGUGAUUUUUAUGCUGGAUAUGAUGAUGCUUUCAAGUACGCUGGAGCGGUAGAUGGGGAGGAUCAAACGGCUUGGAAGUCUGUGGAAAAUAUUCAUGCUGGGGAUUACAUUGGCUUGGAUUUAUUAAUGCCGAUGCGUACCUCUUUAAAAUACCGAUUUCUUGUACGCCAUCCUUACAUCUAUACAAGCACACUGUCCACUAAAAUAUCCUACGACGGUUCCAUCUGGAUUAAAUUGCACCCACCACCCAGCAUCAAUUGUCAGAAUAUGGAUGAAAGGGAUGUACAAUUACUCGAAUGUAGAUUUAUUGUGACAGAUACAGGUUAUCGAUAUAUUCAAUUGGAAAGCCAAAAAGAUUUGGAUUUUGCAUUUCAUGUUCAUGAUUUAUCCCUCAGUGCUAAAGUGAAAAAAGACGAUAACGGUCAAUUAUUGGAUAUUGCCUUUGAUGGUGUUGCCUUUGUUGAAGAUGGUUUGAUUUAGACUUUUUUUUUGUUUUUUUGUUUAUUGCUGGUUCGAUAUAUUUUACUUUCUCCUCCCCCCACUCCCCCAAUAGUAUUCCCCUACACACUACACACACACACGCUACAAUACAUUUUUUUUUUUUUUUUUUUUUUUUUUAGAAACAGAGAUGUGCCGCGGAG